GGCGGAAUCUACGUUUUUCAGGGCUUUUCGUAAAAUAUCAAUAUCUCAGCAACGAUACAACUUUUUGAUUUGCGCCUUUUACCAAAAUUCCUUAAAAUGUUUGGUCUACAAAAGUCCCCUACUUUGGAAAAGUUUCGAGAACAUCGAUUGAAGGCCACUCCGCUGUAAUAGGUCGUGGCUUACGUGCAAUGGCUCUUAAAUAAUUUUCAAAUUUCAGAAAUUCUUUAGUCUUUCAAUUCAGCUAUUGUAAAACUAUUGAUAAAAAAAUUUUAUUUAGAAAUAUAUCUUUUUAUUUAGAAAUAUAUCUUCGGCGAGUUUUUCCAAUGACACUCAUGAACGACUAAUUUCUGUACCAUUAACACCGUCAUCAUCAUAUCGUGAACUGUUUACACCAGUAAAUUAUUCUGUUACAAAAGACCAUCAACAAAAAGCGUAUCUCACACCAUCAACAACUAUCCCAUCGCUUCAAUCAUCUAGACUUUCACUCAAUACGGAAGGUGAUGGUAGAAGACAACGACGACGCCGUUCAUUUUUACAUAAUGCUCUUGUUCAAAAAGCUGUACAUGCGUUUCAAUUCGAUUCACAGCAUAGUAGUGAACGAAAAGCAAUGAAAGUACUCGGUAUUGUUUUUGUAGUGUUUUUAAUUGCUUGGGUACCAUUCUCUUUUAUAAAUAUUUUAUCCGCAAUUUGUACAUCAUGUCAUAUAACACCAUCGCUAUUAAACAAAUUAAGUUGGCUUGGAUAUAUUUCUUCAAAUCUCAAUCCGAUUAUUUAUACUGCAUUCAAUGUUAGAUUUCGUCGAGCAUUUGUCUCAAUAUUAAUUUGCCGACUUAAAUAUUUUCAAAGUAAAAUGCGUAGUAACAUUUAUGUGUUUGUUUCAAGUAAUGAAGGAAGUGAUCAUAUAUCGAAUGGACGACCACGAUCACAAAAUGAAAUUUUUCUACAUAAUAAUCAUAAUGGCUCUAAUAUAGGAAAAAAAUCGUCGUAUGUUGUAAUGAAAUAA